AUGGUUGACUGCCCGAUUUGUGGCAAAGGAGUUAAAGCAAAAGACAUAAAUAACCAUAUCGAUUCUGGAUGCGAAUCGCAUCUGGAGACGGCAUCGCCGCCACUCACACAGCAAAAUGGCACCUCAACUCAGAAACCUCCCAGCACGCAAAAGCCAAGUCCGGCCGUAUCAAGCUUCUUCCAGACCCCAGCAGCAAAACGAGUAGCAGCGUAUCCCACCCCAAAAGUAGAAUCAAGUCCAGGUCUGAGUUUCCAGCCGAAAACGCAAACGAGUAAUGGAGUUACAACCCCGAGCCAGCCGCAGAGGAAACGUUCCUUCGACGACCUCCUACCUACCUCAAAAGUUAAAAAAGAGAUAGAUGAGCCUAAAGAGAGUGCCGAAGAGCCUCCUGCGAAGAAGUCGAAAGUAAAUGCGCUCCAGAAAGCGGCGCCACUUGCGGAACGAAUGCGACCGCGGUCGCUAGACGAAUGUAUAGGGCAGGAGCUUGUUGGGCCAAAUGGUGUGCUCCGAGGGCUGAUAGAAAUGGAUAGGGUGCCUUCGAUGAUACUCUGGGGUGGUGCUGGAACUGGGAAGACUACCAUCGCUAGAUGUCUCGCAUCCAUGGUUGGAAGCAGGUUUGUGGAGAUCAAUAGCACCAGUUCUGGUGUUAACGAUUGCAAAAAGAUAUUUGCCGAGGCACGAGGGGAAUUGGGUCUGACAGGAAGAAAAACAAUAUUGUUCUGCGACGAGAUACACAGGUUUACGAAGUCGCAACAGGAUUGUUUUCUGGGACCGGUUGAAAAUGGGCAGAUUACACUUAUUGGGGCAACGACGGAAAAUCCUUCCUUCAAAGUCCAAAACGCCUUGCUAUCACGAUGUAGGACGUUUACGCUCUCAAAGUUGACCGAUGAAAAUAUUUUGGAAAUAUUGGAGAGAGCUCUCGCCGCUGAGGGCGAUAACCUUCCUAAAGACCUUUUGGAUUCCGAGUUUUUGAAAUACCUAGCAGCUUUCUCAGAUGGAGAUGCACGGACUUCUCUCAACCUUCUAGAGUUAGCUAUGUCUCUAUCUACAAGGCCUAAUAUCACGAAAGAGGAAAUCAAGUCGUCACUUACUAAAACACUAGUAUAUGAUCGAGCUGGAGAUCAACACUACGAUACAAUAUCGGCAUUUCACAAAUCCGUACGUGGUAGUGACCCAGACGCAGCACUCUACUACUUAGCUCGAAUGCUCCAAUCGGGCGAAGAUCCUCUAUAUGUUGCUCGAAGAAUGGUCGUAAUAGCGUCCGAAGACGUCGGGCUCGCAGAUAACACCAUGCUGAGUCUUGCCACAAGCGCGUAUACGGCUGCCGAAAAGAUAGGUAUGCCUGAAUGUCGAAUAGCUCUCGGUCAUUGUGCAGUAGCUCUAUGUCUUGCUCCGAAGAGCACGCGGGCGUAUCGAGGAUUAAAUAAUGCGUAUGCUUCGUUGCGGGAGCCAGGCGUCGCGAGUCUUCCUAUCCCGAUUCAUUUGCGUAAUGCACCUACGAAAUUGAUGAAGGAGCUUGGAUAUGGCGAUCAGUACAAAUAUAACCCUAAUUAUAAGGAGGGUAAAGUGGUACAGGAGUACCUGCCAGAUCAGUUGCAGGGCAGGACAUUUUUGGAAGAUAGGGAUUUGGGUACUGAGAUUGAUCCUGGAGCGUGGCAAAAAUAA